AGUGAAAAAAAUAAAAAAAAAAUAAAAAUAUUAAUAUUAAUUUAAUCAUAAGUCAAAUCGUCCGAAAAUGUUGUGCUUUUUCGUGGUCACAAAGUUACUCAUGCUCAAGCUGCUUCUGGCUAGCAUAUCCGGUUUGCGCGCCUACGAUUUCGGUUAUCAUCCGAGCGCCGAGGAAUUCGAUAAUUUCGUGCGCGAAACGAAACGCACAUGGACGCGCGAUUUGCUCGCCAACGAACAUCGGCGUGCGUGGACCGCUAAACCGCCCUAUCGUGACCCAACCGGUAACUUCGUGCCGAAAUAUAAUCACGACGGAGAACGUUUACAAGUCGCGACAAAACAGACCGCUUCGUGGCCAGGACGUGUGCAGCGCGUCGGACGGCCACCACAGCAUUGGCAUGAAUUACCAAACGCGCAUGCGCUGAACGGUCAGACUGUGGGUUCGACUUUUGACUUCAAUAUGUUCGAUGUUCCAGCCGAUUCUGCAGAACUUAACACAUUUGAUUUGCCGAGUGUGCCCACAUUCACGAGUGCAACACAACAUAGCGCGCAUGCCACGCCCACAGCACGUCCACAACUGCAUGAGACUACGCCUCAUUUAAAAAUGCCACCAAUCAAGCAAAGUGUGGGUAGUGUGAUCGAGAUCGCUGCUUCCGAUGAAGCGCAAAAACAAACUCAACAGCAGCCGAACCAAAGCUUGGAAAACCUUACUAAGAACCAUACCGAGACGCAGUUUCCACUAUUUUUUACCAAUCCCAACACUGGUAUCAUAUAUGCGAUAACAGAGGUGGGACACAUGCCGGAUACCGUUAGCGCAGUGCCGACCACCAAUGAUAGCAUACCGAUUUAUAUCUCGAAAGAACAAUACGAACACGAUCUGUAUUUGCAACGCAAAUAUUACGAAAGAAAUUGUCAAAUUCCCACUACACUGGACGAAAUUUCCACCGCUCCUGUUAGCACAACUGUUACCUCGGCGAUCUCAGCCGACUCGAAUAGCACGAUGCGUUCACAAAUCAUACGCCUUCAAAGACCCACAAACAGUCCCAUAACCAAAUUCCCAAUCUCCAAGUUACCCACAACUCUACACAAGCCACCGCCCGUUAUGGUGCAGACCGAGUUGACGAUCAGCGAUCAAGUGCAAUUGCCAACCCGCAAACAUAAGACUAAAGUUAAACGUAAGAAUAAGAAUAAACCAAAUAGACCCGGCCGCAAGCCAAAUACUCAGCCAACAGGUCUCAAACAGAAUGAGUUGCCGCAAAUCAUCAAAGGUGUGCGUGCCUCCACACCGAAACCGCAAACAAGCACCGAAAAACAGCAAGUCGCCACACAGCUGGAGAAGCCGAACUUUACAAGCGGUGUCUUUAGCAAGAUGGUCACAAUGCAGGAGCAUCGUUUAAACAAACGUUCCGUUACAAAUAUACGUGCAUAUGUGAAUGAGCCGCGAAAUUUGACAAUGACAGAUCAGCAACUCAAAAAUCAGGCUGCUUUGACCCCUGCCAAAGAGAUUAAAAACGUCAAAACAUUAAGUAAACCAACGAAGACUGCGGCGAAAAGACGACCCAGAAUCAAGAAGCGACGCGCAAAAGUGGGGAAUCACACUGAUAUACAAAGGCUAAGCAAUAGUGCAUAUAAUCGUACCAAUUGGGAGCUGCCCAAACGAACUGUACAUAGAAGUAACUCAACUAAGUUGAAGAUUAAGCAAACAAGCGUGGCUAAUACCGCAAAUCAAACACUCAGCCACAAUACUACAAAACAGUUACCAAGUUUAACGCUGACCACUACACAGACUGAUAAAGCGCGGAAGAAGAAAACAAAACAUAGACGAAAGAAGAAGAAGGAUAAAGUGGAAAAGAGAGGCGAAUUCGAUCUCUUCGACUUUGGCAAGGACGAAGAUGAUGACGAGUACGAUGAAGAUGAUGAUGACGACGGAAAAAUCGCACAUCGUAACGAAGAUGAUGAGGAAGAUGACGAUGAAGAAGACGACUCCUACGAGGAUGAUGAAGCAGCUUACUUCGACUAUGCAGCAAGUAAUAAGAAAAAGAAGCGCGGCAAUCAUAAACAACACAAAGAAGAUAGCACUUCUGCAAGUUCGGAGUUGACCGAAGAUUACACGGAAGAAACAGCAGAGCAGACAGAAGUGGACACAAACUCCAUUGUAAUUGAUGAUGGCAGUUCAGCGGAGCCCAGCGCCGACUUCGGUGCAAUGGAAUCGGAGGAAACGGUCGUAUUUAGUCCGCCCACAACAACUACGAUGAAACCAGUAAUACAUACUAAGGCAGCUACCAAGAAACGCAUACGCAGACGUCCUUCUUCUAGUGAUGUCUCAACAUCCUAUGAGGAUUACGAGGAUGAAGACGAGGGUGGCGUUGGUAGUGGUAUAGGUGGAUUUUUUCGUAUGAUCUUCUAUCCUGUGCAAGUAUUUAUGAACGGUAUGGCAGAUAAUUUUGGCAAUAAGGAGUCUGAAGAGGAACAAUACUCCUAUCCGACUUAUACAACUUAUAACAAUGGCAUACAGCCUAUCGAGAGUGAUGAGGACGAGGAGGAGGCACACACAAACUCACUUAGCAGUUGGUUGGGUUCAUGGUUUGGCUUCAAUCGGCGCACGAAGAACAUUGGUAGCACAACACCAGUACCGCCACCACCAUCACCAACACCUACUGAACCACCCAGUUGGUUUGAGUCGUGGUUCAAUUUUGGCAGCAAACCAGCGUCGGAGGAGACGAGCGAAAAUGAUGACAAAUGGUUCUUCGGUUGGUUUGAUACGAAACCGAAGCGCCGACGCAAGACUACCACAACCACGACCACAGUGCGCACACCAGACGCACAAGUGCCGAUUUUGACGAUCGUCGAUCCGCUGAAAAAUCCACAAAAUUGGAUUGGCAUUUUGGCACAUCACAUCAUCAAUUCCACUGCGACGACAGUCACACAAAAUCCCAUUAUGAACGCGAUCACACAAAGCACCGUUAAUCCAGAUGUGCCGCGCAAGAUAACCUAUGAUCGCUAUCAAAUAUGGCGCCUAAAGCCGUUGGACGAUGCACAAGUGCAUGCAUUGGAAGAGUACAAGAAGAGUGAGGAUGGCAUUAAGCUGCAGUGGCUGAAGGGACCCAGUUUGCGCGGUCUAACAGACGUUCUGGUGCCACCAAAGCAAUUACUCGACUUCGAGGCUAGUCUCAGUUUCGAAUCGAUCGCGCAUGAAGUGCUCAUUUACGAUGUCGGCAAAGCGAUCGUUUACGAGCAGGCGCAAGAGCAGUUCCACUUCAAUGCCGCCAUGCGUCCGUUUAAAAACAACAAGAAUCAACAGAAACAGCAAGCGAUGACCAUGUCUUGGCAUAAAUACUAUGAAUACGAUGAUAUUAUCACACACUUGGAAAUGUUACGCAUGCGCCACCCACAACUCAUUGAGUUGAUACACAUUGGACGCUCGUAUGAGGGACGACCGUUAGUCAUAGUGAAGAUCGAGUCGAAAGAGCACGCGGCUAGUGUAGCUGCGAGUGAAACACAAGUGACACACAAAAAGUUGAAGAGCAAGAAACAACCGAAAGAGGCGAACGCAGUGUUCAUUGAAUCGGGCACACAUGGCCUAGAAUGGAUCGGACCGGCCACAUCGCUCUGGAUGAUCAGUGAACUGUUGCGACUGAUCAAAAGUAACAAGACAAACGUUGAUAAUGAGUAUAUUAAAAACACGACCUGGUACUUUAUGCCCAUACUCAAUCCCGAUGGUUACGUGUAUAGUCACCAAUAUGAUCGCUUUUGGCGUAAAACACGUUCACGACAUAUCGCACGCCGUAAUGGUAUUAUAGACUCAGCAAUGACUUGGCUGCAGCAAAAGAAGGUAGCAACCCGAGUUUGUUAUGGUGUGGAUUUGGAUCGCAAUUGGCACUACCAGUGGGGUAAGCGUGGUAGUUCAAAAUCGCCAUGCAAUGAAUUGUAUGCGGGACCCGGACCAUUUUCCGAACCCGAAUCCAAGGCGCUAUCGGAAUUUCUAAUAGAUUAUCGUAAACAAAUUAAGAUGUACAUUUCACUGCAAGCUUAUGGCCAGAUUAUUUCAUAUCCUAUGAAAGCGAACACUUCUUUCAACGCCGAACGCAUUGAUGACUUUCUCGAUGUGGCGAUGGUGGGAACGGAUGGAUUGCGUAAGCAAGGCAGCAAAUCGCGCUAUAAGAUUGACUCGACCAGUGAUCUGGUGGAAAAUCGUUCAGGUUGCUCUGACGCAUUCGCGGCCUAUGAAGUUGGUAUACCCUUCAGCUUCACUGUACAGUUAGCCGACAAUGGUGUACAUGGCUAUCUGCUGCCGAGCGCUUCUAUAGAGCCAACCGCACGUGAUGCCUUCGAAAUAAUUACUGCAAUGGUCGAUUACAUUUGAUGGCGCCUCGGAAAGCAUAGACUAGAUAUAUGUACUUAUAUAGCUUGUAACUGUGUAUAUUUGUUUAAUUUGUAAAUAUUUAUGAGUAUUUAUUGAAUAGUAAUAUAACGGCAUAUACUUAAUGAGAGGAAG